AUGCAAUUGAAAAAUAAAGUAUUUAUCAUAACUGGAGCAGCUAGUGGAUUUGGUGAAGCACUGAGUCAAGAGGUUGUUAGAAAAGGAGCUAAAGUGGUAUUAGCCGAUAUAAAUGUCGAGAACGGGAAAAAAGUCGCAGAGGAAUUAAAUAAAGACAACAACAAAAAUGCUGUCUUCACUAAAUGCGACACAGCAAAACAUAAAGACAUUGUCAAUCUGUUUGUAAUCGCAGAAAAAGAAUUCGGCGGUGUUGAUGUGAGUCGUGCUAUUUCAGAAUCAGUGGUCGUUAAUAACGCCGGUAUUGGAGGCAUAGGCAUAUUUUACGAUCAAACUGAAAGCUGGAAAAAAACAAUCGAUGUCAAUCUGACAGGUGUAAUUGAAGGAACACAAUUAGCUAUACCCUAUCUGAAAAAACGCGGCGGUGGUGUCAUUAUUAAUACUGCGUCUAUGUCUGGACUGUAUCCUCUGAAAACUAGUCCUGUUUAUGCCGCUACCAAGCAUGGAAUCAUUGGCUUCACGCGCUCACUUUCACAUUUAGAACGAGAAUCCCAUAUACGAGUUAAUGCCGUAGCACCAUUCUUCUCACCAACCGCAUUGCUUGCUCCACUACGCGCCCAUUCAGAUUACCAGACAAUGUUCAAAGGAUUUGGUGUGGUCUCUGUCGAAGACGUCGUUAAAGCCAUGGUGCAUUGUGUGGAGAACGACACGCUUUAUGGUGAUGUUAUUACUAUUCUUCCUAAUAAUCCGUUGGGUAUUUUGCCAAAGAUUUAA